AUGGAAGCACUGGUUUAUACAUUCCUGUUGGUAUCGACUCUAGGGAUAAUUUUUUUCGCUAUCUUUUUUCGAGAACCGCCUAAGGUUCCGAAUAAAAAAAUAAAAUGA